GAACGUCACGUCUUCUCACUUGAGUGCUUAUAAAAUGCCCAACAUUAAUCGUGAAAGGCAUCAUCUCUGUGGCCCAAACAACUUUAGUCAGACUCAAAAAGCAGCCAUCCGUAUUGUCAGCUAGAAGAGCAAAAAAAAAAAAUGCAUCCUCACUAAACCUGAGGAUUCCACUAUGAAAGCUACAUCUACGUAUCAAUCAUUAGCCCUGGUUAUAUAAGGACAAUGGCUGAUGUCACAUGCAUUAGGUGCCUAUCAGAAAAUAAAAUGCUUGAACCAAGUGCAUGGUAAAGAUGUAAAUAUUACAAUGUAGAGAAGCACUAUCGCAUAGAGACUCAACACCGGAACUUGCUUAUAUAUAUUUAACGAGAGGAUGCCUAGAUAUCUGCAUACAGAAGAAUACCUGGAGUGGGGUUCCCUCAUCAGACAUAAGAAAAACAAGACGAGAUACGAGAGAAGAUGGCGCUAGAAGAAAUCCGGAAGGGUCCAUGGACAGAACAGGAGGACUUCAAGCUGGUCUGCUUUGUGGGCUUGUUUGGAGAUCGACGUUGGGAUUUUAUAGCCAAGGUUUCAGGUUUGAAGGUGGCGGGAGAAGAUAAUAGAACAGGGAAGAGUUGCAGGUUACGUUGGGUUAAUUACCUCCACCCAGGUCUCAAGCGAGGGAAGAUGACGCCUCAAGAAGAGAAGCUCGUGGUUGAACUUCAUGCCAAAUGGGGAAACAGAUGGUCCAGAAUUGCUCGCAAAUUACCCGGACGCACAGAUAACGAAAUCAAGAACUACUGGAGAACUUAUACGAGGAAAAAAGCUCAGGAGAGGAAGCAUCCCAUUUCCCCAUCAUCAUCAUCUUCUAAUUGCUAUUCAUCCACAACAAACAAUCCUCCUGCGGAUUCGUUACCCUUCCAAGAGGCUGGAGAAGUAAGCUACUAUGACACAGGUGGUCCUAUCGUAUCGUCUCCGACAAGAAAGAAGAGUGAAGAAAAAGAAGACCGUGAAAAGGGGGACUCCAUGGAUGAUAUAUGGAAAGAUAUUGCUGUUUCAGAGGAGAAUAAUGCUGUAGCACAGUUUUAUAACUGCUUUACCGAUGAGAAUUACAGUUUCACCUGUCCUCAAAUGACUUCGCCGGCAUGGGAAUUCUACUCUGACCCACUGUGGAAAAUGGAUGAAGAAGAGAAUGAGAUGACUCUCCCUAUGAGCAAUCAGCACUCUUCCUGGUAAACACAGGAGUCGAGAGAGGGGUCCUUGUCGGUUGAUCAGAAUUUCAUUAAUUUAUAUUUCUCCAGCUAAGUAUAAGGAAGCCGUAACCUGUCUAUGGUGUAGUCUGAGAUGUGAACCUAGUUCUCAGUCCACAGAAAUGACUGUCAUUUCUUGCAUCCUGGCGACCUUCACCCCUAGUCCUAGAUGAUGUUUUGUCUUAAAGCUUGAUAAAUAACCUCAUAGAGCUCCAAUGAGGUAGGAAUCCCAUUUAUGGAUUUCUUGUAAUAUAGAUCUGAAACUCCUCUUAUGUUCCUUAAAGUGAUGGUAACCUUCCGAUUUUAGCAAA